AUGCGGUGGAAUGCCGGGGACGGGAAGGUCGACGAAUACGACGGCCACUGGGAGAAUGGCAGGAUGCACGGCCAGGGUGUCUACAAGUACUACGACGGUACACGGUACCAAGGUCAGUUCCAGGACAAUCUGCGGCAAGGCUAUGGGAUCCUAACGUUCACGGACGGCAGCCUCUACGAGGGCGGCUGGAGUGAGGAUGUUCCCGAGGGAGAAGGCCGCGUGAUCUACUCCAAUGGUCAGAUCGUCAACACGACCUUCAAAGCUGGCCAGCAAAGCAUGGAGCAUCUGGAGACCUUGAUGAAGGAGGCCGCGCCGCCUCCACCGCCAGCCGGCAUGGAUUUCGUUCCCGGCGAUAAACCUCAAGCGCCCGCGUCGUCCUCCACUGCACCAGCCAUACUCAACGACAGCCGGCCACCGCUGCCUCCACCGGAACCGUACUCCAUGGUGGCGGACCGGCCGGACAUGUCGCUUCCUAUCAGCGAGGGCGACAGCUUGGCGCGGCUUCCGGUGUUGGCCUUGACCAACAUACCGCCGCCACCGCCACUGGGUACCACAGCUCCGCUGCCGGCGCUGAAAGCUCCGGGCCCUGCUGGGGCUGUCGCAUCCUCGCCGCUGGGUGCCUCGCCUUUGGGUGCGUCGCCACCCGGUGCUUCGCCGCUCGGUGCGUCGCCCGUAAGGGAAUUGCCUGUCGGCAUGCUAUCGCUGGGUGCUGCACCACGGCCACAGGCAUAG